GUCGCGCGCGCGCACACACGCACACAAGCGCCGUCCGCAGAUUCGCACCGCAAUAGUUUCACCGGCCGCCGCGAAUUCCGUCGCAGACUGUCGUCGCACACGACGUCGCCGAUCUUGGUAAUCGUGGUAAUCUUGGUAAUCUUGGUAAUCGUGUUUUAAUCGUACGAUAUUAUCGCAUCGUUUGCAUAAGUAUUAUAUUAUUAUGGAUGUACCGUUGUAGCUGCGACGUGCGAUUUUUUUUGGAAUUUUUUUCGCUUUGAAAUUUGUUUCGUUUGUUUUGUGUUUUUUUUUUUUUUUUUUUUUAUCGAAAUACGAUUGAUAUCAGAUAGAUAUAAUAUCAUGAUCAUGACGUAUUACCGCCGACGGGUAUCGUUCUCAUCGUGGUCGUCCCGGUCGUCGACGUCGCCGCCUUGUUCCGAUCGCGCCACAAUCGCCGUUUCCGGUCAAUAAUAAUACCAUAAUAAUAUAGGUAUACUAAAUACCCGUAACACGAAAAACAUCUACAUGAUAAGCGUACACCUCAUGUAUGCGUAUGGACCACGUUUAGUACUCCACUGAAGCCGGAAUAUCAUCACGUUAUAACAUAAUAUAGUAUUGUAUAUCAUAAUAUAUAACGCCGCCCUUAGUAGACCGGAUGUGAAUACUCAUUCAAAAUUGGCCGCGUCAAGCAGAACCCCGUCCGUGUAGCAGCCACCGGCGAGACCAACUCGUUGGACUCGCACAAGGAUAUGCUGAAUAGUGAACCGUCGUCUGAGUUGGACAAACAACAUCGCAACGCACAGACGGAACAAGUGAAUAUGGCCGCCACCGAAGCCGGAAGCCCGAGACGACUGGGUCUCAAUCUCAACCUGAGCGUACAACCGCACGCGAACGCAUAUCACUGGCCACACUCGACAGUGGCAGAAGACACGUCACCUUCCCGGUCCAAAGGAUGCACGGAUGACGAUGAUGACGACGAUGAAGAUGAUCGUGACAUGGACGAUCGCGAUGUGGACGACGAUGACAUGAUGGACUGCCGGCAGGAUGAGGAUUGUUCACCCGAGGAUGAACAAGAUAUUUUGGAAAUGCAGCGCGAGGAACGCGAAACACUCAAUCAGCUCGCCAGACAAUUGGCGUCCGGUUCGCGACUGAUAACGCCCAUGCUCCAGCAUCUUGUGUACCAACACCCCGGACUCUCGGUGCAGCCGUCGCAGAUGCACCAGCAGCAACUGCAACUGCAGUUACAGCAGCCGUCCUCCGUGGCCGUGUCCUUGACGACCGCGACGGCCGCUCUCGGCAGACACGCGACGGCGGCUGCAGCUGACCUGUCGCCAAAGUCCAGCCACUCGGGUGACGCGCCAAUGUCCGGCGGUCGUUCUGCCGACGUUCAGUCACCGUCCGCGUCCCGGAAUAAUGAGGCCCAGUCGUGGACGUUUGAAGAACAGUUCCGACAGCUAUACUCGGCGGGCAAUGAAUCCGACAGACGGACCUUUCUAGACUCGCUGUUCAGUUUUAUGCAAGAACAAGGAACUCCAAUUAGUCGUCUACCCAUCAUGGCCAAACGCGUGUUGGAUUUGUACACACUGUAUAAGUUAGUCGUCCAGAGGGGUGGCAUUGUCGCGGUCAUCACCAAGAAGUUGUGGCAAGAGAUCAUCCGAGGCCUGGGCCUACCUCCUUCUAUAACGAGUGCCGCAUUCACAUUACGCACACAAUACGUCAAAUACUUGUACGCCUACGAGUCGCGGAUGAACCAGUUCAGUACGUUGGACGAACUGAACAUGGCGAUAGCGGGCAACCGGCGCGAGGGCCGGCGAAACAAGUCGCUCAUGUAUUCGGACAUGCCACCGCCACCACCCGGACACCCACACCACAAUCAUCACAGCCAUCACCAACAAGUGCACGGUGGCCACCCGCACUCAAUGAUGGGCGGUGGUGCCCCGCCGCAGCCGUCGUCACAACAACAACAACAGCAACAGCAGCAGCAGCAGCAGCAUCAGCAACAGCAACAGCCGCCGUCGUCCCAUCACCAUCACCAUUACGCCAACGUGCUGGCCGCCGAAGAUCGGUUUCGUCACCUUGCCGCCGCCAUCAUCGACAACCACCAUCACGCGGCGGCCGCUGCAGCCGCCGCCGCCGCCGCGGCCGGCGUUGGUGUCGACCACCCCAGGCUGCGGAUGCAAUCGUGCAGUCCACCGCAGCAUCAGCAACAGCAAUUGCAACUGCAACCGGAAUGCAAGACGUCCGCGGUCGCGUUGCACCAGACGCCCCGAUCGCCGGCCACCAUCGGACUUCCACCGCCGCCACCCAUGCCACCGUCGUCGCUGUUCAACGGCCACCAGCCGUCGUCGUACCAACAACUCCAUCAACAGCAACAUCAGUCCAACACCGUCCAGUCCACCAACGAGCAGACAAACAAACAGAGAGGUUAGUAACGUAUAAUAUUAUAUUGUUUAUUACCUAUUCAAUUUUAAUACGUCGACGAGUACCCAAAUUCAACGACAGAACCUAAGC